AAACAAAAAAAAAUCAAGCUACUGUAUCCGUGUCAUUCAAACAUAAAUAUCUUUAUCCACGGUACAUCAAGGACACUAUGAUCACCUCCCGGCCGUGGACAAAUUAUUCCGGAGAUCUCAUGAUCUACCAGUGACCGGUGACAUCCCAGCUCUCAGGUUAGACCUCUCCUAUUAAGCGUUAAAACACGAUCUAAAACUAAGUUGACUUGAAUAUCACGGGGGGCAUUUAAAGAUGGAGAUUCCAAAGCAAAGAAGGCCGGAAGUUGUGCCGAAUCAAGCCGGGGACAGACGUUUGCUACCAAGAUAAUCAUCCGCUGGACCGCUGCAAAUGUCAAGGGCUUCAAGACCCAAGAGGAGGAGGAAGAACGACUCACGACCACAGGUGGAGACUUUGAUAUCUGAGGAAGAGGAAAACCAACCGUCGGAUUUGGCGGGAACCAAACGCCUGAAACGCGCGGCUACCCUCAAAAGAGCAGACGUCGCCGACAUUGGGCCGAUGUCGCUGGCACCGGUGCCCAAGCCCAUCCCAGCUGCGAUGACGGGACAGUGUGCGAUUAUGGGGCCGGAGUUUUUCCGAAUGGACGCGCUAGAUUUGGCGCCUCGUCUCCUCGGCAAGCUCCUCAGACGCGAUGACGUCGUCCUCCAAAUCACGGAGGUGGAAGCUUAUCGGCAGAAUGACACAGCUUGUCAUGGCCGCUUUGGUAUUACACCAAGAACUGCUCCACUGUUUGGGCCAGGGGGGCAUGCUUAUGUCUACAUGUGCUAUGGUCUCCACGUCAUGCUCAAUGUGGUGGCAGACAAAGAAGGAAUUGGUGCAGCAGUCUUAAUCCGGUCGUGUUCGCCUGUUAGCGGUUUGGAGACCAUAAAAGAACGUCGUGGUCAAAGGACGGAAAAACCCAUUCUCCUAACUGGGCCUGGCAAGAUUGGUCAGGCACUAGGGCUUUCAACAACAUGGUCAAAUCAUCCUCUGUAUGUUCCCGGUGGUUUGGAAAUUCUUGAUGGCCUCGAACCAGAGAAGAUAUUAGUGGGUCCACGUGUUGGUAUUGAUUAUGCAGAUCCUGAGCAUGUAAAUGCACUUUGGAGGUUUGCCAUUGCUGGUACUCCAUGGAUUAGUGCUCCCAGAAACACACUUGGGCCACCUUGAUGCAGACAGUUACUGUUAAUUCAUACAUACAAUGGCAAGAAUGAUGAAGAAUAAGAUUCAGGCCCACCUGCAUUUUGUGUAUAGUGACUGGAACCUUCACAGAAUGCCCAUCUUCAGAAGCUAUGUCAAGGUGGCUCACUUUGUGAAUUUAACAUGAAAGGGUAAAAGAUUUUGACGCGAUCAGCUCAUAGACGUCAUAUGGUUAUGACAUUUAUAGAUAUACGUUGUAACAUCCUUUACAUUGGUCCUCCUUGACUUAUAUGAAGUUUCUAAAUUUCUUUUUGUAACAGAGAAACCACUCUUGGGAUGGGAGACCGUCUAAACAGGAUUAACCUGCUGUACCAAUAGUGGCCUCCCUAAUAGCUAAAUUGCUCACUAGCAAUUGCUGCUAGUUUUAAUGUGUUCUUGUUGUUUUUUUA